AAAGGGGCCCCGGCACCUCCCUCCUGCUCCGCCCCCCCCCGGAGCCAAUGGGCCGCGGGGCCGGGGCUGUCGGGACACGGGUAUCGGGACACGGGUAUCGGGACACGGGUGUCGCGACAGGCCGCGGCCGCGCGCACUCACCGCGGAGCUGAAGCGCGCUCCCGCGCCCCGCGGGCCCGCCAGCCGCGCGCGCAGCGCCCUCAGCGCCGCCGCGGCCGCCAUCUUGCGUGCGGGCUUCGUGGGCGAGGCCCUGGCGAGGCGUGGCGGGAAGGCGAGGCCAAUGGGCGAGCGCGGUGCUGCGCGCCAAGGGGCGCGCGGCCAAUGGGCGGGAGCGGUGUUGAAGGGGAAGGAGAAGGAGGAGGAGGCGGCGAAGAUGGCGGCGGGCAGUGGAUGCUGUUUGCGGCCCUUCUCCUGCGAGCUGGGCCUGUUAUCGCGGCCCGACGGCUCCGCCGCCUUCUUGCAGGGCGACACCUCGGUGCUGGCCGCGCUGUACGGCCCCGCGGAGGCGAAGGCGAGCCGGGAGCUGCCGGAGCGGGCGGCGCUGGAGGUGCUGCUGCGGCCUAAAGUGGGGCUGCCGGGGGUGCUGGAGCGCAGCCGGGAGCAGCUCCUGAGGCAAACGUGCGAGGCCGUGCUGCUGGGGGGGCUGCACCCGCGCUCCUCCGUCAGCCUCGUCCUGCAGGUGCUGGGCGACAACGGCUCCCUGCUCUCGUGCUGCCUGAACGCCGCCUGCAUGGGGCUGCUGGACGCGGGGCUGCCCCUGUCCUCCCUGUUCUGCGGCGUCGCCUGCGCCCUGCAGCCCGACGGCACCAUCGUGCUGGACCCCAACACCCGGCAGGAGCAGGAGGCUCGCGCGCUCCUCACCUUCGCCAUCGGCAGCGUGGACAGGAAGGUGCUGACGGCCACCACCAAGGGCAGCUGCUCCGUGGAGGAGAUGCAGCAGUGCAUCGCCGCGGCCCAGAGCGCCGCCGACACCAUCUUCCAGUUCUAUCGCGACUCGGUGCGCAGGAGAUACUCCAAGUCGUGACAUGGGGAACCCCCCCCCGGGGGCAGCUGGACUGCCCCGCACCCCCCCAGCACACAGUAAAAGACCCCCCCUCACCCCA